AUGCAGCAAGGACAGCAACGACAGCAGAUACCGACUCAUGGGCAACCGCAGCAGCAUGGACAAGAGCAACAACAUGUGAUGCAGCAUGGGCUGAUUCAGAAUCAACAGCAGCAUAUACCUCAGAUCCAACCGGUAGCUUCGGGGAUGAUGGUUCAGUCUUCACUGCCACAACCGGGGCUGGGUUUACAGGAGCAGCAAGCCGUCAAUGUCGAUCAGCAGCAGCUACCAAGGAAAGGGGCAGCUGGGACUGAACAUAGUAUGGGCUCCUCGUCGGCUACAGGAACAGGUGAGGUACAUGUCGAGAACUCGGUGAUUGGUACGACUACUGCUGGUGCUGCGGGUGUGAUCCAGAGGACAGCCACUACUAAAAUGUGCAGACGAAGCACUGAGCAUGCCACGAGUCGGUGCCCGAUUCUUAAACAACCAAAACCGGUAGCCCAGUUGGUUGGUCAGGCUGCUGAUGUACUUGCCGGUUUUCAUAUUCCGCAUCCACCGAUUCAACCAACAAAGAGAGAUUCUAGAAUGGCUUUAAUUUCGACUUCUGGCAAAAAUUUAACAAAAGAGGAUGUUGCUGCAUUCUUGCGUGUGUUGGUUUCUGACACUUUUGCUUGGGAAGUGAAACGGCACAGUGGUUCCGAUUUCAAGGCUCUUUUUCCAACAAAAGGAGAUCUUACAAAGAUGAGAUUUAAUGCAGAAAUGAAAGAAGGAGUUGAACCUUACUUGCCAAAUAUUGGGUUGCGGAGCAUUUGGAGCACCCAAAAUGAUGGGAACGGUGAUCAUGCCAAUGGGGCAGCAAAGGACAAUGAAAUGAGAGAGCCACAAAAUAAUAGAUGUAAUCUUACUUCGGAUGCAAGUGGGGGAACUGCAGGGAAUAAUAGCAUAAAAGGAAAAGAAGUCAAUGUCCCUGAGGCACAGAUGUAUAUAGAUUUCUCUGAGGAUGAUUUGUUAGGCGAGGAGAAUGAACUAAGUGAGGUGGCACGUGAUUUUGUACGAGUGAAAAGGGGUCACUCGGUGAAUGUGAAGAGUGCUACAUCUGUGGCAGGCCAUUUUGCGCCAGGAUGCUUACUGCAGCGGCCUUCACAGUUAGUCAGGCCGGGCGGGCAGCAGGGCAUGGUGGAUCAGCCGAAGGUGCAGGAGAAGGGGUCGGCUUCAGGCAGUGCAAUGGGCCAAAAGCAGCAGCCUAUAGAGGAGUUCGUGGCACAGAAUGCAGGUGCAACCGUGGGUGCAACCCUUGACUCACAGCAAAGUCUCAAGCAGUCGUCUUUCAUGAUUGAGGAGGAACAAGUGCAGGUUUCAAUGGGACAGUCCGAUGGGGCAGCAGGAGGGAUUGCAGAUGGUGCUCAACACCUUGGGGCCCUUCUUGACGCCAUGUUAGAAGCCGGAGUCUCAGCUGAUGGUGGGGCAACAAAAGAACUGGGGAGUGUCAUGACAUUGGCGGUUUUAUCAGAUGGUGAGCUUACCCCAGUGCGGAGCAGCAAGCGGAAUGCGGGCGUGGCUAAUGUUGACUCUCUUGAGAAAGCAGAAAAAGGGUUGCCAUCAAGAACCUUGAGGAAAAUGAAGGAAGUGGGGAUCAGUUUGUAUGACAAUGAAAAUUUAACUCUUGGGUCUGUAACGUUAAUCAAAGAGGUAGAAAAAGAAAGGAUGAAACCUUCUAAUCUCUUAAUUACACAUGACAACGAAAUUGAUUCUGAGGAAGAUGAGAUUGAUCCUGACACCUCCACUAUCAGUCGACUUUGUGGCGACUUGACGGAGGAGGUGAUGGACGAAAAUAGUGCGGGCCUUGAUGGAGUACUUGUUGAUGUACCCAUCAAGGUGGCAAAGAGUAAGAAGAAAAAGAAACUCCUCAAUAAGAAGGUCGCUGCAAAGAAAAAUUAUUCCAAUGAAAGGUGUGUUCUGGAACUGUAG